ACUGAAGGGCAUGAUAAUGGGCAUUUGACAGCACAAGAAAGUCUGGCAAGUUUACAUGCGUUAUAUUUUUAUUCGUCUUAACAACUUAAGUUACUUGAAGAGAUUUUACUUGAACGAUUUGUUAUUACAGAUUAAUAUAAAAAUGCAUCUGUGGGUUCUCUGCGCGUCUGUUAUUCUGGUGCCUUUGCUAUGUGAUGCGCGGAUCUCUAAGCGUCAUGUGAUCGGUUGUCCGGAGCGCUGCGAUAAGAGUCUGUGUCCGCCCGUACCGGCCGACUGUGUGACCGGAGACAUUCUAGACCAGUGCGACUGCUGCCCGGUUUGCGCAGCCGGCGAGGGUGAAACCUGCGGCGGUACAGGGAAGCUGGGAGACCCGGAGUGUGGAGAGAGUCUGGACUGCGCUGUGCCUGAGGGGGUCGGAGCAACGACUACUGUGAGGAGGAGAGGAAAGACCGGCGUAUGCGUGUGUAAGAGCCCUGAGGCCGUCUGCGGCAGUGAUGGGGUGUCCUACAGGAACAUCUGCGAACUCAAGAGAGUCAGUAACCGGGCGCAGAAACUCCUGCAGCCGCCCAUCAUCUUCAUCCAGAGAGGAGCCUGCGGAAAAGGCCACGAGGAGAAUCCAGAUAGCCUCCGGCACAGAUAUAACUUCAUCGCUGAUGUGGUGGAGAAGAUCGCUCCAGCUGUGGUUCACAUUGAGCUGUUCCGCAAAAUGAUGUUCACCAAGCGGGAAGUGGCGGUGGCCAGCGGCUCUGGUUUCGUGGUGUCUGAAGAUGGCCUGAUUGUAACCAAUGCCCAUGUGGUAGCCAACAAACACCGGGUGACAGUUGAACUAAAGACCGGCGCCACCUAUGAAGCCAAAAUCAAAGAUGUAGAUGAGAAAGCAGACAUUGCUCUAAUCAAGAUAGAUGCUCCGAUGAAACUACCAGUGCUGCUGUUGGGUCGGUCAGCUGAUCUGAGACCAGGCGAGUUUGUGGUGGCUAUCGGCAGCCCGUUCUCCCUUCAGAACACAGUGACUACAGGCAUCGUCAGCACCACCCAGAGAGGAGGCAAAGAGCUGGGCCUACGUAACUCUGACAUGGACUACAUCCAGACAGAUGCCAUCAUCAAUUACGGUAAUUCAGGAGGGCCCCUGGUGAACCUGGAUGGUGAGGUGAUAGGAAUCAACACGCUGAAGGUGACAGCAGGAAUAUCCUUCGCUAUUCCUUCUGACAAGAUCCGACAAUUCCUGGCUGAGUCUCACGACAGACAGGCUAAAGGAAAAACAGCCACAAAGAAGAAGUAUAUCGGUGUAAGAAUGAUGACAUUAACCCCAAUACUUGCUAAAGAGCUAAAGGAAAAACAGAGUGAUUUCCCAGAUGUCACCUCUGGAGCGUAUGUCAUUGAAGUUAUCCCGAAAACACCAGCUGAAGUUGGCGGUCUGAAGGAGAGUGACGUCAUAAUCAGCAUUAACGGUCAGAGGAUCACGUCAGCAAGUGAUGUCAGUACAGCCAUCAAGAAAGAAGACACUCUGAGAGCAGUGGUACGACGUGGCAAUGAAGACAUCAUCCUCACAAUCAUUCCUGAGGAGAUUGACCCUUGACCUCCCUCAUGCUCACCCAUGAGCUGGUUCUCAGACUUUUACUGAGUGUGUCCAGAGCCACACUCAUUCUAGAAACAUAGUGAACACUUUCCAGUCCAACCAUCAUCCGACCUGAAUAUCAUUCCCAGCUUAGAACAUGAAAAGUCCUUUCUCACUUUCUCCCCAUAUCCCCCAUGUUAUUUUCUGUUUAUUCAUCAAUAUAUCAUCUUAGAAUGAGCCCUUUGUAAAUAAAUAUCAGAAUUUAGCACUGGCUAGUUCACUAUAACACUCUGAAAUGUAUAUAAUUUCUCAGUUCCAAAACCUAGUAAGCAGCCAUUGUGAUAUUGUGAUGAGCAGAUUGAUUCCAUUCAAGAUGGUGAAAAAGAAGUUAAAUGUUGAUUAUAAUCUUAUAUUGUAUUCAUUACUGAAAACUAUCUACUAAAAUAAUUCAGUCUAAUUAAAAGUAAUUGUUUUACCCAA